AUGGCCAAGACAAUGAGUAAAAGGAAAAUUGAAAUUAGAGUAAGAAGAGAAAAGCAGAGACGGGAACGUAAAUCCAACGACGGAGCUUCUCCGAUCGUUGUGAAGCUACAUCCAAGCACGAAAUGGGAGCUUGCGAACAGGGCUGUGGAGGCGGAAAAUCCGACGAACAUAGAGAGGAGAGGGAUUAGGGGUUUUGUUGACGACGGCGAGAUGCCGAUCCACGCCACGAUCGGCUUGUUGGACUUGAAAUUGAGAUCGAUCUUCGAACUCCGGAGAAGUACGCCGCAGGGGCGGAAGCGUUGGAGCGGAAUCGAUUUCGACGUGGUUGUUGUCGACGGUGUUGCUUGUUCUGAUCGUGAAACGAAAAAGAAUUACGAAAAGAUAAAUUACCAGGGAGAGGAUGGGGAUAGUGGAGUCGCAAGGAGCCGCCCACAGCCCGGCCACCACAAGACAAAACCAGAGCCCAUAAAGAUGAAACUCGCCGCCAAUCUGGAACCCUUCUACAACCAGUCAUGGCCAACUAAAAAAGUCGAUGCACCAUGCCGGAGAAGGGAAGAGGACCUGUCAGGAGCUCGUCGAGGUGCAGAUGCAGGAAGAGUAGUGGGGUGCAGAACACUUGUCGGCGGAGAGGCACAGGGAAGCGGCGCAAGAAAGGGUUUGAGAUGA